GGGAGAGGGUUCGCAUUCCGCAGUCCGCAGGCAGCUGUGCCUAUAACCUCGAAACUCCGAGCUUUGAACCUCAAUUACGCGAGUGCCUCGAAUGCGGUGAGCCAGUUGAUUUGUCUUCUCGAUAAGAUGGAGCUCUUCGAGGACCCCGUUUUCAAAACUAAAUACUUGAAGAAUAAACUUCGCGUGAAACGGUGGGAGAGCGAUUUUAUGGAAAAAUAUGGACGCAAACCUCACAAGAAUGAUAUAAAGGAAGCAGACGUGUCUAUCAAGGAGGCGUACAAGAUGUACUGGAAACUGAAAACGCGGGCGCUCGAGGAGACUCUCACGGACAUCACUUUCUGCGAUGACAUGCAAGACAAUAUCUCAAAUAAAUCACCGCGAAAGCUAGUAAACAGUCCGAGGAAAGACAAGAGUCUCAGUCCGGAAAAAGUUACGAAAGAUACAGAGAACAUAGAUCCUCACGACAGCAAACGUUCGGCAGAGAUUGAGGGCUCUUUCGGCCAAUUGGACGGAGCGAACGUUGAAGGAGCCUGGGGCAGCCAUCUGAGCAAGAAUAAGGAGCAAGCGCCGAAGAAGAAGCAGGCCCUGUUGAUUGGUAGAUCCUCCUCCUUCCAGCUGUCCAGAAACAAGUUUGAGAGUUCGACGUUCUCGAAGCGAAACCCGAGGAAGUCGCUGUCGUCGAUCAAAAUAAGGAACAAAUCCGAGAACAAUAUCCUAAACAGCUCGAGCGUCGACCGGUUGGUCGCGGAUGGCAAGGAUGGCUUGAACGUUGUGGCUGACGAGACGAAGCCUAUAUUUGGCGAAUCAAUAAAAGUGACGUUUGAGAAGAGCAAACCCGUGGCGCCACACUGCAUUAAUGCCGUCCAACAGCUGGCCGAUGGCCAUGUGACCGGCGUAAGCCGUAAUUUGAAUCCAGGCUGGCUGGAUCGAUGCACGAGAGACAGUAAUUUGGAAGUGAUGACGAUCAACCCUCAGAGGCUGUCCGGCACCAGCGAUUCUGGAAUAGAGUCCAUGGAAUCUAGCAUUUAUUCUCCAAAGGACUUGGCGCCCACUGUGCCUUCCGUCUCGUCGCUCCAGAUUUCCGACGAGGAAGAUUUUAUAUGUAACAGCGAGUCCGAGGAAGAGCACAGGAAUAAACGUAUUAGAAACUUUAAGAAACGACUCAGCGAUCAAGACGAUCGUCCUGCAAAACGACAAUGUCUUCGUAUCGACUCCGGUUCUACCACCACUGGCUCCAAUGAUAUAACAGACAGCGAUAUAUUUAAUCGAACUUGCUGUGUCGACAGCAGUUUUAAUUUAUUGCCUAGAGAUGAGCGUAAAAACGAAAUUAACAAUGGCAAACUUAAAAGUAAUGUUCAGACAAGUACAAAUAUAACGAACGAGUCAAAUAGAACUAAAAGACACGUAGAUACUUCAGAUUCGGACAUUAAAUCGAACGCUAUAAUUAAGGACAACGUGGCAUCUGAAAAUGUCUGGCAGAUUACAAACGAUUCAACCGAUAAAGCACCCGAAUUGACGGAUACCAUUUCGAAAUUAGUCGAUUCUAAGAACCAGGAGGACUCUUCGAUAUCUGAUAAAAAAUCCGCGAAACAACGCAUAUUGCGUCGAAGAGUGAAGCAAGUAUCACCUGACAGUUCCGAUCCCGAUUAUACGGAGGGGAAAGAUGAGAAGACUAAGACAAGGACAAAGAAUACUACACAGACCGUAAAGAAAUGUACGAGACAACGGAGUAAGAAGAAGUCGACGGAUGACAGUAAAGAGAAACUUAAUGUAAGGAGAAAAUCUUCUAGAAGAGAAUCGAAGUUGGAGGAAGACGAAGAGCGAGAUUCAGACUCGAAUAUGAAAAAGAUGCCGACGUACGGUGUAGAAAUGUUGCAAACGAUUCCGCGCUUUGAGAUUAAAGCAACUGAAAGCGGUGAUCUCGUCACGCAGUUUACCGAAUCUGUUCACGUCGGCGCGAUGGAAAAAGGUAGCUCGGUGUCUUCGACAAGCACCAAGUUGUCCGCCAAGGAAAAGCUCGAGAAGAAAAUGGCUGCCGGGACGAUGAACGAUAAUUUCGUCAGAAUUAAUCUGAAGAAAAAGGUAUUUGUACGCGGUAAGAAGCACUUUAACUUUGCCAAGUAUAAGAAGAAUCAGUGGAAACAGAGGAAGAAAGAGUUGGCAUCUAGCGAGAGCAAUCUGGACGCGGCCGACCUGAUCGAUAAAAAUGGCAUGAAGUGCUUCAAAUGUGGCGAAUCCGGGCAUUUCUCUAGGAACUGCUCAGCUGCCAAGGGCGACGCUCUUUUACCUUUGGAAGAGGUCGACGACUCGUCCAGCUAUCCGACUCUGGAGGAAGCCGAAAAGAUGGCGAACGAGAAUGCCAUUGUCGCUCACAGUCACAGAAUCGAACGACUUCCCGAAAAACCAUCCUAUUCCACUACGAGGACUUCGCAGGACGAAGAAGAUAUGGCAAGAUUAUUCGACGAUGACUUUGCGGAUAUCGACGAGAACAACGAUACGUUGACUUUCGGGCACAGAGUGCCACAGGAGUUGGUGUCCAGAUUAUUACCGCCUGAAAUGAACGCGAUUGAUCCGUUGUACGCUGCGAACGAAGACGGUGGCCUCAUCGAAACACCCAGGGAAGUCUUGGAGGCGCUGCGAAUGUUUGGCCACGAGAGUUUCAGAGCUGGCCAAGAAAAAGCAGUGAUGCGAAUCCUGUCUGGCCAAUCCACCCUGGUAACGCUAUCGACGGGCUCCGGCAAGUCGCUGUGUUACCAAUUACCGGCGUACUUAUACGCCCGACGUUCUGGCUGUAUCACUCUAGUAAUCUCGCCUCUGGUAUCCUUGAUGGACGACCAAGUGACGGGCGUACCACAGUUUCUGUCCGCUGCGUGCCUACAUACCAGCCAGACGCCAAAAGUAAGGGAACAGGUGAUGCGAUCGGUGAAAGACGGCAAAGUAAAUAUCCUGCUGGUGUCGCCAGAGGCGGUGGUGGCCGGCGAGAAAUCCACUGGCUUCGGCGCCCUCCUCAGACAGCUACCGCCAAUCGCGUUCGCCUGCGUCGACGAGGCCCACUGCAUUUCCCAGUGGUCGCACAAUUUCCGACCCUCCUACCUAAUGGUCUGUCGGGUGCUCAAGGAGAAGUUAAAGGUGAACACGGUGCUGGGACUCACGGCGACUGCUACAAAAGCAACGGCGGAAAGUAUAAUAGAGCAUCUAGGCAUACGUGACGGCAUGGCUGGCGUCAUAUCGGACGUGCCUUUACCUAGGAAUCUCAUCCUAACGGUGUCCAAGGACGCGAACAAGGAUCAAGCUUUGAUCGCGCUCUUGAAAAGCGAGAGAUUCCGCGAAUGUGAUUCUGUGAUAGUCUACUGCAUCCGUAGGGAGGAGUGUGCGAGGAUCGCAGGAUUGUUAAGAAUAUCGUUGCAGGAUCCGCUGAACUCUGAGAAGCCAAACGCAAGGAUAUCCACAAUAGCUGAGGCCUAUCACGCCGGUAUGACGUCUCACAGACGCAAAAUUGUGCAAAGGGAAUUUAUGAAUGGGAAAAUUAAAAUUGUGGUUGCCACUAUUGCAUUCGGGAUGGGCAUCAAUAAACCGGACAUCCGGGCAGUCAUUCAUUACAAUAUGCCUGGCACCUUCGAAGGAUACGUUCAAGAAGUCGGUCGUGCAGGAAGGGACAACAACGCAGCUCAUUGCCACCUGUUCUUGAAACCUACGCAAGACAGCGAUAAAUGGGAAUUGCGGAAACACAUACAUGCGAAUGGUGUCGACAGGCAUACGAUUAGACAUCUACUUCAAAGAAUUUUCAUUCCUUGUUCUUGCGCAAAGAUGAACGAGAAAGAUCCGCGACACCAAAGAUGUCCCGGUCACGAGGUUGCUCUUCCGAUCGACGAGACUGUUCAGGCUCUUGACAUCACGCAGGAAACGAUUUCGACAUUGCUGUGCUAUCUUGAGCUGCAUCCCAAAAAAUUUGUUACUGUGCUAUCGUCCGUGUACGUUCGAGCACGGGUUUCAAGUUACAGAGGACCACAAGGUCUCAAACAAGCCGCACAAUCUUCUCCGCCACUCGCGAUGGCAAUAGCGCUGGACAUGAAAAACGGAAUUUCACAUGAAAAUAGUAAUAUUAUCGAAUUCCCGAUAAUUGACGUUGCGUCAGCAAUCGGAUGGGACAGCGGCGUGGUGAAGAGUCAUCUCAAGAGUUUAGAAUGGAAGACAGGGGUUGACGGGAGGAUGAAACGUUCAGCUAUAUCGGUAAAGUACGAUAAACUCGGUUUACGGGUGAAAGCGCCGGGCGAUCUCACAGACAUUGAAUUAGACGAGGCACUCGAUGCACUGAUCGCACGCACUCAAUCUCAGGAAUCCUCGUCUUUGCAACAACUCGAGCUUCUAUCCUCCGCGCUUAAUAAAGUUAGCGUAUCGUCAGUCAAAGAUUGCCUGACCUUGGAUGAUAUUACGAAGAGAUCGGAGGAGCUCAAAGACACCAUCAGAGAAUACUUCCAAUCGGAUUCUCCUUUGAAUAAUCCCGAUAUCAGUUCUCAAAAUAAAGUGACGAACGAGCAAGAGAUCGCAGCCGAUGUUCGCAGUUUAAUAAUACGUUAUAGGGAUACCAAGUUUACAGGUCGCGCCAUAGCCCGUGUCUUUCAUGGAAUACAAAGUCCGAAUUAUCCUGCGUUAAUUUGGAAUAGAUGCCGUUUUUGGAGAAUUCACAUCGCUGCAGAUUUUAACACAAUUUGCAAAAUUGCAGUCAGGGAAAUUCUAGCGUUACGAUAACUGAAUCGAAUUAAUAAUGACAGACUGAAUAAUAAUAGACUCAACAUGUCAUAUUUUUAAUCUGAUCUUGUUAAUUGAACACUUAGUUUUAAUUCUUAUCAUAAACUUUCAAAAUGAAUCGGCGGACAAAAGUGUGUUUUAAUCUGUGUUAUGAAACAUGUGUGAGUAAAGACUUAUUAUAAACGAAUUUCUCAAC